AUGUUGGCUCUCGCGAUCGCUGUGUCGGCGGUGUUGGCCACCGGUUCAGCACAGAGCGCCACUAACAGAUUCCCAGACGGAUUCUUAUUGGGUGCAGCCUCGGCUGCCUAUCAAAUAGAAGGAGGCUGGGACGAAGAUGGUAAGGGUGAAAACAUCCAGGACUACUUGUUCCACAACUACCCGGAAUACACACUGGGGAUGACGGGGGAUGUCGCCUGUGACUCGUACCACAAGUACAAGGAGGACGUGCAGAUGCUGAAGAACAUAAACGCGAACGCGUACCGCUUCUCGAUAUCCUGGUCGCGCGUCCUGCCAACUGGGGACGUGGACGUCAUCAACCAGGCUGGUAUCGACUACUACAACAACCUCAUCAACGAGCUGCUCGCCAACGGAAUCCAGCCUCUGGUGACGAUGUACCACUUCGACCUGCCUCAAGCGCUGCAGUACCUCGGAGGCUGGCCCAACGAGCUGAUGGCCGACUACUUUGUGGAGUACGCCAGGGUUCUGUUUGAAAACUUCGGAGACAGGGUGAAGUGGUGGAUCACGUUCAACGAACCGGCCGUCUUUGCGAAUGGGUACGCGAGUGUCGGCUUCGCGCCGUCGCAGAACGCCUCGGGCAUCGGCGACUACCUGUCCACCCACACGGUGAUCAAGGCGCACGCGCGCGUCUGGCACCUGUACCACGAGCAGUACAGAGCGACACAGAACGGUAGUGUAGGAAUCACCCUUAAUAUGGGAGGUCCUGAGCCAGCUUCUAAUUCGACAGAGGAUGCAGAAGCUAGUGAAAGAGGCCGCCAGUUCCAGGUGGGCAUCUUCGCUCACCCCAUCUUCAGUGCAGAAGGGGACUACCCGGCUGUGGUGAGACAGAGGGUGGACGCCAACAGCGCAGCAGAGGGGAGACCGCGGUCCAGGCUGCCGUCCUUCACACAGGAGGAGGUCGACUACAUCAGGGGGUCGGCAGACUUUAUCGGGCUGAACCACUACAACACGGAGUUCGUGACGUCAGGUGUGAGUGGCAUAUCCCCGUCUAAAAGCCGCGACUCCGGCAUCGUCACUUCUCGAAACGAGGCAUCGCCCUCUGGAUUCCGAAGAUUGUUGAACUGGAUUGCUAAUGAAUACCCUGGGUACCCGAUAAUUGUAACUGAGAAUGGUUGGAAGGAUUCAGGAGGACGUAACGACACCGACAGGAUCAAUUACUACAUCGGUUUCUUGGGAGCUCUCCUGGAAGCUGUGAACACGGACGAAGUUCCAGUGAUCGGCUACACAACGUGGUCUCUCAUGGACAACCUGGAAUGGAAUUUGGGAUUCACGGUAAAGUUCGGAGUGUACGAGGUGGAUUUCAGCAGUCCAAACAGAACGAGAACGCCCAAGGACUCGGCUGCCUUUAUAGCAGAAGUCUACGGAACCAGACAGCUUCCAGAGCAGUACUUUUGGUAG